AUAAUCAUGAUCAUUUCUUACCAAAUCAAUCGAUAAAAUCAUUUAUAAAUGGAAGUUAUCUGACAUCAAGAUCAUUAUUAAAGAAAUGGAGGCACAAGUAUCAACAGUUAUCCAUGAUGGUACAAAAAAUUUUGAAAAUGAAAAACUAAUUAAUAUUGCUGAUGACAUCAAGUUGAAUUUUAAAACCAAUUAUGAUAUUGUAGAAAAUCAAAUUGCAAAAUCAGAUGAAUUAAAUAUCACUAAUCUAUCAGAGACAGAUAACCCACAAGAUGCUCAAGGCAAGAAUCAAGCCCCAAAUUUUGAUCAGGGAAAGUGCGAAGGAGAGAUCAGCAGUAACUGUACCGAUGUUGGAGUAUCAAAGGAAAAAUCUGACAAUGAAAAUGAAGAGAGCAAAACCAAACAGAUUGAAGAGGAUGAGAAGGCAAUGCUACUUUCUUUCAUUAAUGAAGUGGAACAAAGAGCUCAAGCAAAACUACAACUGCGAGAAAAAAACCAGGCACCUUGCAGACCUGAAGAAGCAGCGCUCGCUAAACUGGAUUCUAGUCUAAAGAAAAAUACUGCAUUUAUCAGGAAACUGCGGAACUUCACAGCACCACAGCUGGCAAGUUUGAUAAAAGACAUGUCUACCUUGAAUCUGUCCAAGUACAUAAGUGAGGUGGCUUCAGCUUUAGUAGAAGCUAAACUUAAACUGAACGAUGUUCCUGCAGCAGUUUUGCUUUGUAGCCAGAUGCAUACUACUUAUUUAGAGUUCUCCAAAGUGCUGUUGGAACAUUGGGUGAAAACUCUAUCUUUAAAGAAGGACGAAAAGAUUGCAAAUCCUAGUAAGCUGCGAGUGGACCUCAGAUUUUAUGGGGAUUUGAUCACUUCAGGGAUAUUCCAGUACAAGGAGGCUCUAACACUACUUGGAAAUGUACUUACGUUUCUCUCAACAUCAGAUAGAGAAGAGCACAAUAACAUAAGCAUCAUUCUUAGCUUCUGCAAACAUUGUGGAGAAGAUUAUGCAGGUCUUGUACCAAGAACUAUGCGAGUUCUGUCAGAUAAACACAAUAUUCCGAUCCCUAGAAGCUCCAUGCUCCCUCCUGAGAAGCAGAAGAAUGUUCGGUCACUAGUCAAAGACUACUACAGUUCACUUUGUAAACAUCUUCUAAAGGAACAUGGUGAGUUGCAAGCUUUUGAACGACAAAACCGAAGAAUUCUGCAGACUAAAGGAGAGCUUAGUUCUGAGAGGAAGGAGCGAGGAGAGGCCCUUGCUGCUUCGUUCCAGAAACUUCACAACGGGACUGUCAACUUCGCUGAGAUUCUUGAUGAAGAUGUUCCAGAAUUACCUGAAGAAAGUCUUGCAUCAAGGACCAACACUUAUACUGAAAACUUUGGCAAUUUUAGAGAGCUUAGUAAAGCAGAAGCAGAAAUGUUCAGUAUUGGAGGUAUAACAGACUCAGACGAUCCUUCAUGCGCCAUAUGUCUUUGGGAAGAUGAAGAAACACAGCGAUUCUAUACAGAGUUUCCCAACCUCAAAGAUUACUUGCCAAACUACAAAGUUGUCAAAUCAGAUAAAGCCUCUUCUGCUACGAUGACGGAAGAGAAACUCGAUGAAGAUCUCAAAGAAGAAGAAUUGGAAGAUGACAAGAAAGAAGAAGAAGUGGUGGCUGAAACUAUUGAAGAGAUUGAAGAGUCAGAUAACAAUAGUGCCAACAAUAAAAUAUUGUUGGAUGGAUUUUUGAACCUGCUUUCAAAUUGUGUCAAUCGGGAAAUGAUUGACAAUGCUGCGAUUGAGUUUCUCAUGUACCACAACACCAAACAUCAUCGCAAGAAACUGGUCAAAACUUUGUUUGGAGUACCAAGGACCAGGCUAGAUUUGCUUCCGUUCUAUGCAAGAUUGGUAGCCAUUCUCAACCCAUUGUUGCCUGAUAUUGCCACGGAUCUCUGUCUCCUACUGAAGCACGAUUUCAAAUAUCACGUGAGGAAGAAGGACCAGAUAAACAUUGAGUCAAAGCUGAAGGUGAUCCGUUUUAUCGCAGAACUGGUAAAGUUUGAGCUAUACUCCAAAAUUGAGGGACUUUACUGCCUUAAAAUUCUACUGCACGAUUUCUCUCAUCACCACAUUGAAAUGGCAUGCACAAUGCUGGAAACUUGCGGCAGAUUCUUCUUUAGAAGUCCAGACACUCAUCAGAGGACCAAGGUCUACUUGGAGCAAAUGAUGAGGAUGAAGUCAGGGAAAGCGUUGGAUUCGAGAUAUGUAACAAUGAUAGAGAAUGCUUACUAUUUUGUGAAUCCGCCCGAAAGUCCAGCAUCAAAAGUAAAAGAACGUCCUGUAAUGCAUGAGUUUAUACGACAUAUUCUAUACCAGGAUUUGACAAAACACACUGAGUCCAGCAAGGUUCUUGACUCAAUGAGAAGACUGAAUUGGAGAGACCCACAAAUAUCUGCUUAUGCCAUUAAAUGUCUGACACAAGCGUGGAAUGUUCCUUAUCCCAAUAUCAAAGACUUGGCCAACCUCCUAGCUGGCCUUGUUGAAUACCAGGAGUUUGUGGCAGCCCAUGUUGUUGAUGGGGUGCUAGAAGACAUAAGAAUAGGAAUAGAAGUGAAUACCAAAAAUCUAAACCAGCGACGAGUGGCAAUGGUGAAAUACUUGGGUGAACUGUACAACUAUCGAAUGGUCGAAAGCAAUGACAUUUUCAAGGUCCUUUAUUCUUUGAUCGCCUUUGGGGUUUCCUUUGACUACGACAGAGUUUCACCAAUAGAUCCGCCAGAUCAAUUGUUUCGCAUUCGCCUAGUCUGCACACUCCUUGAAACCUGUGGACAGUAUUUCAGCCACGGACCCAGCAAAACAAAGUUGGACUACUUCUUUGUUUUCUUUCAGCAUUACUUCUGGUUCAAACACUCAGACUCAGUUUGGACGGAUGAUAAUCCAUUCCCAACAAACAUCAAUCACAUGUUCAGGGACUGUCUUACUAGUCUCAGGCCUACUAUCAAGCUGUCAGAAAGUUACCAGGAGGCUGAAGAAAGUGCUCGUCAACUUACAGAGAAAAUGAGGUCCAAAUGGGAUCCACUCAUCAACUUCCAGCAUAAUGAUGAUGAGCUUAAUCCAAUUAUGGAGACAGAGAAUGAAAAUGAAACAAAUGAUGAAGAAGAAGAUGACGUUGAGGAAGAUUUGACUGGAGUUGAUAAUACCAGGCAAGGCUCAUUGUCUGAUGAAGGGGAAGAAUCAGAUGAGGAAAAAUCAGUCGCUCAAAGUUUGAAGAGCUUAAACAACGAAGACGAACACAACAACAUAAAACACAUGAAAAUCAUUGACAGAGAAGAGACCCAAAAUGAUGCUGUAGUGGAGAACGGGAAAAAAGACUGGAUUAAUGACAACGAUGAUCUUGACGUAGACUCAGACAACGAUCUAUCGGACAAUCAGAACUCAAGAAGCCAUAGUCCUGAAGAUGAUGAUUUCCUCGCAGCGUUCGACAAAAUGGUUUCAGAUAACCUUCAAGAUCGAAUGAGAGACAAUGUCAAACCCCAGCAUGUUGAUAUUCCCGUCCCUCUACAUGUGAAAACAAAUGCAAAAAAGACCUAUGAACAACUUCAAGAUCCGGAAACGGAAGAAAAAGGAACGGUCAAUUUUGUUCUAAUGUUGAGGAAAGGGAACAAACAACAAUACAAGAGUGUUGCUGUGCCUACUGACUCUGAACUGGCUCUUAACCUGAGAUCACAAGAGAAGGCGGAACGAGUAGAGAUGGAAAAAGUCAAGAGGCUAACUCUCGACAUAAACGAUCGUCUGGAGGAGGAGGAUUACCAGGAUCAAUUGUGUCAGAAUCAAAAACCAGCUAUGGUCAACCUAAACCGAGAGAGGAGACACAAAUAUCAGCAUCCCAAGGGAGCCCCAGAUGCAGAUGUUAUAUUUGGACGGAAAAAGGUCCAAAGAUAAUUGUU